CUCCUAAUGGUGGAUAGUUUCAGUUUCUUGACUGUCUAUCCCAGAUGUUGGUCACUUUUUUAUUGAAAAAUAGGUUAAGAAAAUGCUGUAGGAAAGAAACAGGACUCAGAAAUUUUUAUAGUUUAGAUUAGAUGAAACAUUAAUUAAUUAAAUUCUACCUCAUAAAUACACUGUUGAUAUCAGCAGUAAAAAUGAAUUUUUAAUAUUUUAUUUUUAGACUGGAAGAAAGCAUGGAUAUAGGAAACUGUUCCUUGAAUGAAUUUAUUUUUGUGGGAGUUACCAAUAACCCAGAGAUGAAAUGGACACUGUUUGCCAUAUUUCUCCUCAUCUAUCUCAUCAAUUUUCUGGGGAAUCUUGGUAUGAUCAUUUUGAUCAGAAUGGAUCCCCAGCUCCACACACCCAUGUACUUUUUUCUGAGCCACCUCUCUUUCUGUGAUCUCUGCUAUUCCACAGCAGUUGGUCCCAAGAUGCUGGUAGAUAUGUUUGGCAAGAACAAGUCAAUUCCCUUCUGGGGCUGUGCGCUGCAGUUCUUCAUUUCCUGUACUUUUGCAGAUUCUGAGUGUGUGCUGCUGGCAGUGAUGGCCUUUGAUAGGUACCAGGCCAUUAGCAACCCCUUGCUCUACACAGCAAACAUGUCCAGCAGGGUGUGUUCUAUGCUCAUGGCUGGAGUUUACCUGGUGGGAACAUCAGACGCUUUGAUACAUACAACUUUGGCAUUCCGCUUAUGUUUCUGUGGGUCUAAUGAGAUCAACCACUUCUUCUGUGAUCUACCUCCACUUUAUCUUCUCUCCUGCUCAGAUACUGAAGUAAAUGAGUUAGCAUUAUUUACUAUUUAUGGUUUUCUUGAACUGAGCACCAUCUCAGGAGUUCUUGUUUCUUACUGUUACAUCAUCUCAUCAGUCUUAAAAAUCCGUUCAACUGAGGGGAGAUUCAAGGCUUUCUCCACCUGCACCUCUCACUUGACUGCAGUUGCUAUUUUUCAGGGAACUCUACUCUUCACAUAUUUUCGACCAAGUUCUUCUUAUUCCCUUGAUCAAGACAAAAUGACAUCUCUAUUUUAUACCCUUGUGAUUCCCAUGCUGAACCCACUGAUUUAUAGCUUAAGGAACAAGGAUGUGAAAGAGGCCUUGGAGAGACUUAAAAGCAAAAGAUGGUUUUAAAUAUUUAUUCAUAACGGAUACCACAUUUCUUUAUUCACAUAAAAGUUUUAGCUAUUCACUAUGUUUUCCAGGCUUGCUCUGAA